GGCAGUCGAAGAUGGCCGCCGAGCUGGGUGGCUGGCGUCCGGGGCCUCACCGGCGCCACCGGCUGCCGCUCGCUGCUUUUCUCGCCGCGCCGCUGCUGCUGCUGCUGCUGCUGAGCUGCGGGCGCGCCGCCGCCGCUGCUGCCGCCCUUCCUCCCUCCUCUCCCUCGUCUUGUCACCACCGCGUGCCCAGCGGUGAAGAGGUUGUCUAUCAAGUUCCUCUAAAGGAAAAUCAUGUUUUGAAGAGAAAUGUGGAUCAACAGCUAAGAAUUAAGAUUAUAUAUGACAGAAGUGUUGAGGAUUUGCUACCUGAGAAAAGACACCUUAUAAAGAACAAACUUUUUCCACAAGCUAUAUCUUAUUUGGAGAAGACAUUUCAAGUGCGCAAAUCCACAGGCACAAUAUUACUAAGCAGGCAGUGUGCAACAAACCAAUAUUUAAGGAGGAAAGCUGACCCUCACAGAUACUGCCGAGGAGCCUGCGCAGACCAUACAAGAUGUGGGCCAGUUAUAGUACCCGAGAAGCACCUCCAGCAAUGCAGGGUAUGCAGUGAGAACGAGUGGCACUGUGGGCCCACUGGCUUACCUGACCAAGAAGGGGUUCGAGAUGCUGACUUUCUACUUUACGUCAGUGCCCUCACUACUGAAAGGUGUGGCCAUGAAAAUAUCAUUGCAUAUGCAGCCUACUGCCAGCUGGAAGCUGAAAUGGACAGGCCAAUAGCAGGAUAUGCUAACUUGUGUCCAAAUAUGAUUUCAACUCAAGCUCAGGAAUUUGUUGGCAUGCUGUCUGCAGUGAAACAUGAGAUCAUCCAUGCACUGGGUUUCUCUGCUGGACUGUUUGCAUUUUAUCGUGAUGAUGAUGGAAGACCUUUGACAACAAGAUAUGCAGAUGGACUCCCGCCUUUUAACGAAAGUCUAGGUUUGUAUCAGUGGAGCAGUAAAGUCAUUCAUAAAGCAGUGAGGUUAUGGGACAUACGCGGUGGCAAAAUACUGCACCAUGCUGUUUAUCUUCUGAUAACACCUCGUGUAGUUGAAGAAGCUCGAAAACAUUUUAAUUGUCCAAUUCUAGAGGGAAUGGAGCUUGAAAAUCAAGGUGGCAUGGGUACUGAGCUCAAUCACUGGGAGAAGAGAUUGUUGGAGAAUGAAGCAAUGACUGGAUCCCAUACUCAGAAUCGAGUCUUUUCCAGGAUCACUUUGGCAUUAAUGGAGGACACAGGCUGGUAUAAGGCAAAUUACAGCAUGGCAGAGAAAUUAGAUUGGGGACGCGAUAAAGGCUGUGACUUUGUAAUGAAGAGCUGUAAAUUCUGGAUCGACCAAAAGAGACAAAAGAGGCAAUUAAUCAGUCCAUACUGUGACACUUUGAGGAGUAAUCCAUUGCAGUUAACCUGCAGGCAGGACCAAAGAGCAGUGGCAGUGUGCAACUUGCAGAAGUUUCCAAAGCAGUUACCUCAGGAAUAUCAGUAUUUUGACAAUCUUAAUGGAGUACCAGCAGAAGAAUUGCCUUAUUAUGGUGGCUCAGUCGAAAUUGCUGACUAUUGUCCCUUUAGUCAAGAAUUCAGCUGGCAUUUAAGUGGUGAAUUUCAACGCAGCUCAGACUGCAGAAUAACUGAAAACCAACCAGAUCCUACCAAAAACUAUGGUGCAGAGAAAUACGGACCAAACUCUGUAUGUCUUAUUCAGAAAUCUGCUUUUGUCAUGGAACAGUGCAGGAGGAAACUCAGUUACCCCGACUGGGGCAGUGGGUGUUACCAAGUUUCUUGUUCCCCACAAGGGCUACAUGUUUGGGUCAAGGACACUGUGUACUUGUGCAGCCGCUCAGGUCAGGUAUUAACCGUGAGCAUUCAGAUGAAUGGCUGGAUACAUGUUGGGAAUUUGAUUUGCCCAGCUUGUUCGGACUUCUGUGACUCCUGUCCCCCGGAGCGGGAUCCUCCAGCUUCUAACUUAACAAGAGCUGUGCCAGUUGACUUAUGCUCCUGCUCAUCUAGCCUGGUUGUAACCCUUUGGCUGUUGAUGGCUAACUUAGUUCCCCUGUUAACAGGAUUAUUCCUCUGUGCAUAGAGUUAAGCACGGGGCAGGAAGAUGUUCCAAGAUGGUAUACUGUCAUGUUGCACUCCUUAUUGUGGAGCACGGAGCUUUUUGUCUCUGCAGGCAGAUGUCUUCUGCUGAACCUCAUCUCUCCUGGCAGGUACCGGUGCAGACAGUAGUCAGGGAGCUACUGACAAAAACAGCCAGCAUUUGAGAGGAGGAAAAUUUACCUUGUCAUCUUAAUAAGUGCCAGUAUUUUCCUGCAACCUUUGAUUUUUUGACGCAGUAACCAGAUCCACUAUGCCAACUGUGUUAGACUACCUGGAAACUCGGACAAGAUUUGAAACAAGAACUCGUCUGUAAUGAAACUGAGGGUUGUUUUUUUGUUACAUCCUCUGUGUGACUGGUAGCAAAGCAUCCUCAAACUGGAAAUAUACCUCAGUGGUUUAGUCAAAAGCCAUGUAAAAAUCAGUUGUCAUCACUGCUAAUAACCCAGACCUAAACAGGUGUGGGAAUUCUUUUGUUUGUUUUGUCAAUUCUUACAAUUUAUUUGGGGCAGAAAUCAUUUAGUGGGAUAGAUCAGUGGUUGGCAGUUGUCUCCACAAUCGGAUUCUGCAGCUUUGAGGCUUCUCAGAAUUCUUACCAGUUUGUGGUAAAAUGACUAAUUCUUGGGCUUCACUUAAACCUUCCUACGUGCACAAAGUGAAAUUUCAGACUGGUAAGCAAAACAGCUGUCUAGAAAUCCCAUUCUCAUUUAUCAUGUGCCACUGAAAUUUAAUACAUCAAAUGUUUGAAUAUUCUCAGAGUUAUCUGCUAGGCAAAUCCAUUUCAGUACUGACACCCAGUCUGUAAAAUUGGGAUAGGAUUUCUGAUUAUUUUUAAUUUUGUUGGUUUGUUUCUUAAAUAAUGACAUUUUUAAAAUAGUAUGAAUAUAAAUGCAGCUAUUCUCAUUUUUUGUUGAAGGGUAAACCAGUAGCGAUGGCAGCUAUAAUCUUACAGGACCACGUUGACUUCUCUAGACCAAAAACUAUAUUGAAUGUGUCAAAAAAAAAAAAAAGUCUAAUCUGUCUUUUUUUUUUUUUCCCCCUCUACUUUUUCUUGGGCAUAUAAAUACUAUGGUUUAUUUGAGUAUUUGUAGUAAGUUGAGAAUAAGAUACUUUGAACCACACGAGGGCACACUUUGGUACCAAAUUAAUUACUUGAUGGACAAAAUAUAUAAGAUGAAUGAAAUGAGCAAAAUCUGUCUAGCUAAGGACAGGUGGUCUAUAGGACACCUGUAAGGAAGUUUUUAUUUGUUGCUGACUCUAUAAUGCAUUACAAAUAAUCCUGUCUGGACUAGAAGAAACUUAAGUGGUCCAAUCCGUUGUCUGUCCUGUUAGCGUAGUUUUCAUUCUUGGAAAAGUUAAACUUGAGGGAGUAGACAUGCCCAGUGCACUACAAAAUGCAAAUAUAUGAAAAAGAUUGUUAUUCUGCUUCUUAAAUGUGCUGUGAUAUUAUAGUUGUCAAUGACUAGGUCCCUUUAUAAAAUAAAAGGUAGAGGGAUGGAAGGGGUAUGAAGUAAAAUUUAUUUAGCUACAAUUGAACUUGUUUAGUAACGGGACUUUCAUUGUAACUGCAAGAAAAUCUUUGUGCCUACCAGACUUGUGGGUUUUUUAUUUAAAGAAACUCUUACAACACUGCUGAGCUGAGUAAGCUGCAACCUAAAACUGUCUGAAGGCAUCACAACUGAGAGAGUACCUUGCACUGGGCUAGUUCCUCUUCUUAACUGCAAGUUAAGUUUGCUUUGAAUUAUACAAGGCCUAGGCUAGCCUUAAAUAGGUGUUUCUGAGAAGCAAUACAAAUUAGGAAUCAAAUGCUUUAAAUGUGUACAAGUUCGAAUUAAGAAGCACUCGGAUUAAUAAGUGAACACUGAUUAUUUUAAUAUAUGCACACUCCACACUUGGUGUAAACUGAUUCCUUGAAAACGUAGAAGUUUGAGAAUACAACUUAGGUCCCAGAGGUUGAUACUGUAUUUUUUGUCUGUUGUGCAAUAAUGCAGUUUAAAUGGUAUCACUCAACAACAGUGCUUUUGAUACUUGAAAAGAAAUUAUUGGUUAUUUUUACUUACUGUGAAAUAUUUGCACUGUCUGAACUUUCUGGUUAACUUUAUAGCUGUUAAAACUUUUUUACUGAUGUUAACUUAUUGUGCUUGGUAUUUGAUAUGCUAGUGUCCUGUUGGUGUAAGUGUGAAAUUUGUCAUAUUUAAGUGAAUAUUUUUAUCUUCUACACAGUUGUUUAUCUUGAGGGCUUUUCUUUUAUUCUCUCUUCCUGAGAAUUAACUGAAAGAUGGCUUAAAAAGUCAAUGCUUACCUACUUCUGAAUUAUAUGCAUUAAUUAAAGAAAGAGGCUGUAGUGCAUUGUACCUACAGGGAAAAACCUAUCUGCCUGUCAGAGCUCUUGUUGUCAGAUUCACCAGUACCUACUGAGUAGCUGCAUCAGUGAAUCCAGUUAAGUAAAACUAUUACUGCCUUAAUACUCUGAGAUUUCAGUCGUAAUUUCUUUGACAUGCAGCCAUUCAGCUGGCUGUGAACUGCAGAACUGGACACGACUUGGGGGAGUUGGGGAGGGAAGGUACUUCAGCAGUCAGAAUCCAGCAUGUUAUAUCCUGUCGGUGCAUUAGCAGCUGUAGCCGUGUUGGAACGGCCAAAAAAUGCGUCAAGUUCAAUUUAAAGCGAGAAUGAAUUGGUGACUCUCAAAAAGAAUAUUUGAGUAAAACUGACUACCUCAGUUCUGUUUGUCUUUGAGUUAAGCUUCUAGCAUGCUGUGAACUUCCAAAUCUUCAGAUGAAUUAAGUAAAACCACAUCUCAGUUUUUUAAGAGCAAAACAAAUACAGUAGGAAGUGUAAGCCAUUUUUGAUUGUAGAACACUGCUAAAAUUUGUAGCUUAAACCAGUCGGUUAUAUAGCCUUAAGUGUAGUUUCCCCCAUAAAAGUCGGUAUUGGUUUUAAAUAAAUACAAAGUUUGCAGGCAGCUACUUUAGGUGUUCUGACCAUAUUACGGCAAGUCCAUCUUCUUGUAUCUCUUACAUGUGAAAACUUUGAAAUAUAGUCUCACUAAGCGUUUGUGUUUUCACCUGAGUAGAUAGGGCAACAGGAGCCCUGGAAAUAGUGCUAAGAGAUAAAUGAGUUAGCUUGUCUGCAGCAGAUGCACUUUCAGUAUAUAACAUCAACAGUUUUAAUGUUUUAAAAACCUUCCGUGUUUGGUUUUGGAAGUAAAUUAGUCUCACGAUCUGUUUUACACCCCAGUAGUUCAAAUCCAAAGCAUUUAAAUUAGAAGUCGAGACAAGGAACACAUUUUUCUAAUGUUUCAAACAAAUAUAAGGCAGAAGGAUGGCUUUUGGCAGGAAUAUGCAGCAAGUAAAAUUACAUUGAAAAGCAGGCAAUUCAUUCUUCUUGAAAUGAGUUGAGGUCUUGGGAGACUGUCAUGGCCCUGGUUGUAGGUUGAUUACCAAAAGAGAAUUUUGACCCCCAUGAAUUGACUGUCAGUCCAAUGCAGCUCAUUCUGUCUGCUGAGCACUAGUAUAUUGGGAAGACUGAUGUCACCUAAGAGCAGACAUAUCUACAGUCCCUUACAAGGGCCAGUUGUUUUUAAAUCUUCCCGUCCUGCAAAUCUUUUGCUUGCGUGUAUUUCAGAAGAGAGGGAGGCGUAUGUCCUUUCUUCCCCGCAUUUCCUAGGAGCGGCUUUCUGCCAGCUGAGCGGGUCAAGGUCUUUCCCUGCAAGAUUUAAAAAGCAGCUUUUGCUUGGCUGAAGGCGUGGGUGCCUGCUUGCACGUAUCGCUCGUCAGGGUUUGGGUCUACUUGUAUACUGAAUAAUGUGCUUUUACACUACUGGACUUCCAAAGUGCAAAUGUUGCCUUUUUAAUGUGAAGCUUACCUUGGAGAUAAAACAACUGUUUCGAGAGAACUGGCUGACCUUGAAUACAUAUUUCCUAUUUUGGUACAGAAUGUAAAUAUAGAACAAACUAUUUUACAUAGAUUUUGACUGGAUUGAGAUAUAAGGGCUAAUUUUUGUUAUUUAGGGAGUAAAAACUUCCUUAUUUUACUGUGUAAAAAAAGUAUGUCAUACAAAAGAAGAAAAAAUUGUUCAUCAAUAAAACGUCUGUAGAAAAUUAACUCU